CACACACACAAUAUCACACGGGUAAAAGUUUCUCAAAGGUCCAACUUUUGAAAAGACACCAAGAAACUUUGUAGAUGCUACCCAUGUGUGUGUUAGUUAUCGACAGAGUAACUCAUCUCUUCAAACAUAAAAGAUCUUUGGCACACAGGAGGCUUCAUCAGGUUUCCCGUUGCCAUGGAGAAACACACUGAAUACACUUGGAUGAUUGUUGAUAGAAGAAAAUACCCCCAAAACACAGCCUGAUAAAGAUUAAAAAAAAGAAACAAUGUCCGAACCUGAAGAGCGGGCUCUCCUGGAGCUGAACCUGCGGAGGGAGACAUGGUGUCAGGUGGAGAUGAACCCCCGGCAGUCCUGGGAGAGGACCCAGAGGAGACAUUACCGGAGUCACCUGCGGACCAGCCCGGUCCUGGUCACCGCUCUGACCGCCGGACCGCAGCGCAGGGCGGCCUGCAGAGAGGGGCCGCCCCCCGCCAAGCUUGCAGAGAGAAGGCACUUCGAAGAGAGCUAUAAAUCACACUUGGUGUAGACGGCUGCAGCCUGACAAGACUGUGCACAACCUAAUACAACAAAUACACCUGGGACCU